AUGGCAGACGUUACACCAGAACGGAGGAAUGAAGAAAUCCAUCGCCAGCUUCACACCUUGCAGGUUCUCGAGGCGGAACUCAGGUCGCUGAAACCAGGCGCGAAAGUAUACAAUGCCAUCUCGACGCCGCUCGACAAAGCACGUGUGAUACCACAUGCCCACAACCAGAUGGCCUUGUUCCCAAAUUUAGAUUCCAAGACGGCGCUCAAGGAUGUAGAACGGCAAAAAAAGGUGCUUCUGGCGAACCUCGCCCAACUCGAACCGUAG